UUUGAACAGAAUGUUCAGGUAGUUCUUGAAAGAAAACUAAAAACACGUUAAUAUUUUUUUUGAGUCUUGGAUACAGAAAGUAAUUUGAAAAGCUUCAGUAAACUCCAGAAAAUGAAGGUUACAGGUUUCUGUUUCAACAGGAGUAUAUUAAAUCGGAAUUACAGUAUACCAUAACGAUGUAUACUUUCCUAAAACAAACAUUAAGACCUAGAUCAGUGUUCCAUGCAAUUCUUCAGUUCAUUUCUUUGUCUCUCUUGGGGCUUGAAGAAUACUUCAACUCCAGCCUUAGGGGAUGUACUCCAUUAUAAUGGUCUAUAAAGGGAUGUGCCGCUGGAUAGGGUAUGAUUUUUGUCCAACUUGUCCUAAACAGAGCAUAUAAUGUUGUGUGAUUCUGUCCUAAUUAUUAACAGCAUAUGUAAUUUUGUGGGAGUCUGUCCUAAACUGAGUAUAUAAUUUUGUGUGAGUCUGUUAACAGGGUAUUGCCUGCACGAUUGAUCUGAUUUGCUAGAUGAAAUUUGUUUGUACUCCAAGUAUACAAAAGCAAUGACUAAGAACAUGAAUUUGCUCUAUUGAAAUUGCCAAUAAAUUUCUUUAAAAGAAGAUGGUGUGCUUUUUGUCCCUUGUCCUAAACAGGGUUAUAAAAUUAAGGGUAUUGUCCUAAACAGGGUAUGUAUUUUAGGACUUUUGUGUGCUAAACAAGGUCAGGGUUUCAAACCCUCAGUGGCUCACCUAUAUGCAAACAUUGGACGAGUGCCCCCCCUACUCCCCCCAGGGACUCCGGCCUGCUCACGCUGUGCUUGCUCAGUGUCAAUAAGGCCAUUUAUACGAGGAAAAAUAACACUGGUCUUGACAGCCCCUAACACCUGUUCUUCAAUGAGAGGCGUCUUGGCUAAGUCGCGUCUUAAUGUGCCAUUUAUACGAAAUCAGGGCUUAAAAUUAAAAAAAUCUUCAGGUUGCCUUUAGGCUACAAACUGGAGAAAUAUAGUUGCCAAAUGCAAAUUUUUAGUUGCCAGUUUGCAUAAUGUAAAUGACACACCUCAUAGUGCUAUAGUAAAGAAUGGUGCAAUCCAUCGUUUUGAUUGUUUGAAAAAAUUGCGGACAGAAGUCGGUAUAAAUUUUGGGGUUGACCUUGCUUUUGUUUAUGCGAUUUGGCACAUUUUUUAUGAUGAAAGCAAAGCAAGAUAAGAUGAAUUUAUGUUUGUUUUAACUUUACUCUUUUAAUUUAGAUCUAAGUCGUAGAGAAAUCUGGUCGCCAAAGUGGUGACUAAACCAGAAUUUUUAGUCGCCAAGGAGAAAAUGUUAGUCGCAUUGGCGACUGUAUCAGUCUCAAAUUCGAGCCCAGGAGAUAGUUUGCGUCUUAUUUAGGACGCAUCUAAUGAAAGAUGCGUCUUAUUUUUCCUUGCAUAAAUAACCCUAUUGUUCACAAUCAAGUUACAAGUUGACUUGCCUGAAUGCUUGUUUAUUGGCAAGUGACCUGCACAGCCUAAAAAGUUACUUGCCCAGCAAGAAAAUUUUCAGUUCUGUACUGUACUAACUUGUCCUGGACAACGCGACAGGUCUAUUUUUGAGCCCUUUUUUAUUAAAUGUACUUAUUCACCUCCUUAAAAAGAUGUUUCUAAGAUGGAUACUUAGUGCCACUCCAAAAAGAGCCUGUCUUAGAGACAGAGAGACUAAUGCGAUUUUACUACUUUGGUCCAUUUUUACACAGUUUAUUCUCAUUUUGCAAGAGGCAUUUGUGCGGCUGGAGAGAAGUACAUUUGUGUUGGUAAGCUAUGCUGUAAUCUGUUCAGUUUUAAGGUAAAUGGUUUUAAUUUUGAUUUUGAUAGAAGGUGACUAUAUUUUGUUCAUUAUUGGUGGUGUUGUCUUGCUAUGCUUCAAGCACUUUGGACCAAUACAAAACUAAAAUCCUUGUGCCACUUGUAAGAUACUCAGUUUUUAUGCCCAAAGAUUCCACUAGUGCACAACCUGUGCAGUACAAAGAAUCUUUCCAAGCAUUUCUAAUAAAAGCAAUAAUAUUUGGUUCUGGACCUAGAGCAGUUAGGUAUACUUAAGCUUUGUAAGAUUGCAUAUAAACACGGGUCAUUUUUUACCCCACCUAAGUAGGUUACCUCGCCUACCUGAUGCCUCCCACCUCCAUGUAAACAGGCCCUCGUCAGAAACAAUUGCAUGGCAGGCUAUCAACUACAGCAAAUUUUCAAAUGCUUUUCAGGCACAUCAGAGGGUGCAAUUAUGGUGUUUGAUAUCCCUCCUCGUGGAACAGCUGUUAAACUUCAAGAGACUCUUACUGCGCACAAGGUAGCGAUAUGUGAGCUGGAAUCACAAGGCAGUCGUAUGGCAUCUACAGAUGAAGAAGGAAAUAUUAUACUUUGGCAAUCAGGGGGCCAUUUUACUGAGAUUAUUAAAAUUGAAGGAAAAGGGUUAGUAGUGUUUUGUGGCAAAGUUUAAACAGUUUAGAGGAUGCUUAAAGGCAGUGUGUGAGGAUGAUGACUUCAAAGUGGCAUCACACACACUAAAGGGUCCAAUGGGGUUGCAACUUUGACGGUUGACAGUUAUUAUUUAUGGAAAUUUAGCCCAAGAGUUCAAUUAAAUAUUAACUUUGAUGUUAAUUAAUAUUGACUGUUGUGUUUUGGAGGUUUUCUUGGCCUUUAAUUCACUUAAUAUCAAAAUCUUUUCACAUAUAAGCAAGUUGUAUUGUCAUGUCUAGGGAUAGUGUUUUUAAGAACAUGGGAACUGAUUUUUCCAGUUUAGAGUUUCUUCAGGAGCCAGACAGCCUUGAAGAUCAGCUGAAUAGUGAGAUUUGAAAAACCUUUGAAACUUAUUGGUGGUUAAUAUUAAUCUGCAUAAUGGGAGACGGUAAAAAAAUACCUGUUUCUAUGGCUGACAGUUAACCCCAUUGAGACCCUCAUAUUAGCCUGUAGCAUAAAAGCAAGCUCUCUAUUUGGAAAUAACAAGAGUUGAAAGUCACACGAGUGUGAGUUGCACCUUUCUUUGCACACCUCUCUACAUUGUAGGCUUACUUCUUAAGUCUUUGUCAGUUGUCACUGCUCUUUUUGUAGCUUGAAGCAACUCAGAAUGUCCCAAUUCCCAGUUGCUGGUAUACGAGUAUACUGUUUAACUUAUGCACCUUCAGCAAUGUGUUGUUGUUGGUACUUUUACACUAGUGGACAAAAAGAGGCAUAGCCUGCGAAAACAAAUGGGGGACAUUGUGCCAUGAGGGAUGUCUGCAUCUCAGCAACAGAAUUUCCAUACUGAUGACAAAAAUUCUGUACAGAAUCUGUUUAGGAACUCUCAUUGGUUGAAGUCGUAGGCAUAUUGUUUUAGCUAUUGUUUACAAACGACAGCCAAAAGACAAUUGGUCACAAGUCAAGUCAAGCACACAAAAACACAAUAAAUCUACUACAAAACAUUCAAUAUUCAUGGCAUAUAUUCUUCUUUAGAAAAAGCAUUUGACUUUUGCCGAAGCUUGUUUGGAGAAUAACACAAAACUUUACUAUAAUCGACUAGGAGAAACAUAAAAUCGAACAAAUUUACAUUUGGAACCCCAUGACUACUAGAUAUAUUAUGUAAACAUUGAGUUACGUCAUCAGUGUGGAAUUCCUGUUGCUGAAGCACAGAUGUCACUCCUGGCAAAACGUCCUCAGUGGUGAGUAGCGAGGAGAAACAGCUGUUUCUUACAGGUUAAGAGAGACAAUUUGAGAUAAAUUAUCAAAGACACACAUAACUUAAACAUUAACAGAGACAAAUGGAGCUCCUCAGGUUAUAAAAGGAUAAGCAUUUUCAUUAGCCUGUGAUUAGGGAGAGUUGCGAGAAGUUGUGCGAGAGCUGCACCUGAAAGGUGACACGAGUAUUUUCCUCCUUCCCUCGCUCACUGGCCCGUUCUCUCACGACUCACUUCACUUGACAUAAUUGGAGAGCUUGCUCGCAUGCGACAUUGUCAUUUUAAACAAAUACUAAUUUGCAAGCAGGUUAUUAUUACAAGAGAUAAUCUGCACUUCGCCAAGUUAUUUUGAGUUCCCCGUCUGUAUGAUCAUUUCGUGUUCUGAUGAGAUUGUGUGCACAAUGGGCUAUGCUUGAAAGUGUUACUGUAAACACAAAUGAUCUCCGAUGAAAUAUGUCCUUUAAAAUUUUUAUUUUGGUUAGAUUUCCUUGUUCGUCUGUUUGCUUGCUAAAGGACUUUAUCAUUGGAGGUUUUGGAACAGGUCACAUAAGAGUGUUUAGUGCUUCAACUGGUUCACUGCUUAUCGAGGCAUGUGCUCAUGCACGCUGGAUCAAUGCAAUGGAUAUAUGCACAGAAGCCAGGCUGGUAAGACUUUGAUCUCAGGGCUUCAAAUAACCAUUAGUAAAAAGACAGAAAUUUCUGACUAAAACUUCUCUAUAUCUACCAAAAUCCUAAAUGGGCAUGAUGACUGGACAGACCAAAUACUGAGGACUGUCAUUUUGUAGAUUUGCAUAGUAGUUUGGAGUUAACAUAAUAUAGGACCCACUACUUUUUUGGUUUGCCCUGCCCCCGAGAAGGGGGUCUGGGGUACUCCCUAUAAUGGCCUAUACAGGGAGGCUCCGCCCGAAAGGGGUAUCUGUUUCAGAUGUAUGAAAGGGUAGGGAUUUUAUUAAUUAAAGUAUAUGAAAGGGUAGGAAAAUGUGUCAUUUUAGUCUGUAAAAGGACCAAAAAGUGCUAACAGAUGCAUUUCAUGUAUGUGAAAGACGCAAGAAAACUUUCUGGUUUAGUGAUUUAUUGGUAUUUAAAAGACGGAACACUUAACGCAGUUAAAAGGGAUGCAGUGUUCUAAACUAGGUAUUUCAAAGGGCACCAUUUGUCAGUAGAAGAUUUACGAAAAUAGGUAAGGGGUUGGACUUAAGCCAGCGUCUCCCAGUAUAAAACUUCGAUGUGGGUUUACCCGACUUCCGUCCCUUUUAAAAAGAAAACUGAUUUGCAGGCCUGCAAUCCUCAAUCACUAUUUGUAUAAUACACUGUAAGAUUUAUGGAAUAGCAAAUCUAACACAUUGAGACCACUGUUAAACCAUUUCACUGCAAGGCCAGCGUAUUGUGAGGUUAUUUGUUACUUUUUACUUAGCCUGCAGAAAAAGUGCUAUUUUUUCACGUUUUUUAGGCGAGCGAAGGUAUGCGCGAAGCGGGCGUAGAGAGCGAGACACAUGCGAUGGGAGGGAGGCACCAAAAAAGGCGCAAUUUUUCCGCGCCUAUUUUAUCGCGCAUGUCUCGCGCUCCACGCCCGUUCGUGCUCAACAGCGGUGAAAAAAGCGUCUCUUUUGCAGGCUACUUUAUUUUCAAAAUCCGUGGACAAAAUCCUAUGAUGUCUCCACUUCCAGUGAAUCCUCUUUGGUAGAACUUUUGCAUAUUACUAUCUAUUUAUGUUUUAGGAUUUCAGAACAGACAUGAAUUUGAUUCUUUUGUGAAUUUUUUCUUUGGUCGCUUUUAUUAAGUAGUGACAGGGUUACAAGAUUUAAGAGACUUGGGUAUUUCUUUGCUUUGAAUAAAUAUAAACCCGCUAACUAUAUUAAGCACAAAAUACUAGUUCGGGUUAGAUAAGUUGUAGUUAUGUCCAUGAAAUAGCCUAAAAAUAGCAGCAAACCUUUCGCGACGCCAGCACUUGUUUCAUUUCGCGGGGAAACCAGUGGUUCGAAGUGGUAACGUCGCAAAAUGUCGACUUUUUUCUCAGGUUACCACCGAGACUAUCCAUGAAACGGUUGAUUAGUAGUCAUGUGGAGGAUCCCAGGCUUACACAGCCAUCCUUACUAAGAAAGGUUGCCCUACCUUAGACACUUGUUAAAGGCUUUUGUUUUUGCAGCUUGUCUCUGCAUCUGAAGACAGUUUUGUAAGAGUGUGGAAGCUUUCUGCAGACGACAAACCAACAGUAAGUUUCUUAAAGACAUUUAUCCAGAUAGUCUCUGUUGAACCCCUAUGAACUUUCUUUCUUUGCUGUUUUUCCAAGCUUUUUUACCUUUAUAUAUCUUCCUUUGCAGAUGGAAAUGGUAUUUCAGCAGUCUAUCUCAGAUGUCCAAUUGUGUGGAGCAAAAUUUGUGGACCUUUCUGGCGACACGUUCGGAGUAACCGGCUAUGAUUUAUCAGAGAUAGUAAUGUUCACCAAACAGUAAUACAUUCGCCAAUAAUCUUACUCGAACAUCACAAAAUUAGGAAAUAUGUUCUCUGUGUCAAUCUGUGAAUCAUUAAGUUAUAUUUUAUUCAUAAAAGCAUUCAUUUUACUUGAAUGGAAAUUAGUGUCAUUUCUACGCAAAUGUAGGAUGUUUUGAACUGUCGAGUAGGAAAGUUCGGAGAACGGCCAGUUACUAAACACGUAGUCAUCUUUUUAUUUUUUGAUUAGAAAAACAGAGUAGUUUUCGGGCUGAGCUAGUCCUUAUGCACGUAGGGAACUGACGUAGCGGCGACGGCAACGAGAAUGAAAAAAAGUAGAUUUUAAUAAGCAAAACAGCAACUUUGGCGUCAUCACAUGACUACGAAGUAAAACUUCUUCAUGUUAAAUGGAGGAAGUAAACCAAGACAAAUAGUUUCUUUUUCUUUUUCUUAAAUUAGAUACAGUACUUUAGAAUUCACCCGGCACUAACGUGAAAAAAUGUGCCUUUCAGCUGAAUUACAAGGCAUUAAUGCAUUCUAAAUUUAGACGAUUAUGGUGUUCACACCGAGCCAGUCAAAUUUUUGACCGUACUGGCUACGAAUUUGACCUCGAUUUUGGCAUUCAAAUUUUUGAACGGCUGGCAGGUGGCUAGACUUCUAAACUCCCGUGUGAGCGGAACACCUAAAGGCACAAAUUUUUAACCGGUCAAAAAUUCGUCCGGUUCCGUGCGAACGCAGUCUAAAACUGGUUAGAUAUUUUAUUGUGGUGUGGAAGUUCUUCAUUAUUUUUUUAUUCUUUAAUUUGUAUUUGGUUAUCACACCUUCUUCAACACAACGAAACUGUUCAUUUAUUUAUUAUAACGUGCGUGGAAAGACAUUAAUAAACUGUUAACGAAACUGUUUGUGUGUUCCUAUCUCUUAUUGUAUCGAGAAAUUAAGAGUCACGUUUACGACAAACGGCAAACGUCAAUUUCAAGUCGAGAAUUUCUCAAAAUAGAAGAAAACAGCUCAAAACAAUUCUCAUAGAUAAAAAUGACGUAAAAAUACUUAUUUCAUUGUAGAAGUAAUGAAAGUAAACGACAGGUAAUGAGAAAACUUGGACACAUGGUACAAACUUACGCUUGCUGUUGCGGUAAACGUCACUCUUAAUCUCUUUAUGAUGCAAGAAAGAACGGGUGGGCAUGUCUCCCUGGGGUGCCGCGUUCUUUCUUGUGCCCAUUACCUCGAAGCGCUGGCCUGCGAAGCUUGCGGUUUGUUUGGUUCGAUUUUUCUUUUCUGGUUCAGAAAGUAAGAGUUACAGCGACGCGAAAGCUGAACCGAGGGGAAACAGAAAACGAUGGAGAGUGGUCGAGGGGACGUAAUGAAGCACAAAAGAAAAAACACACCAAAACAACCGAGUGGCGGUGUUACUAGGUCAAUUUUCGCUGGCUGAUAUUCCACCAUUACGGCUCGUGCCGAACAACAGAAAUUAGCGAAGGCAACCCAAACAGAUAUUAGCUAAAAAUCCCAGAGAGUUCUGAUCAACCAGAAAGUUAUAACUGUAUUAAUUCAAAAAGCACUACAAGAACACUACAUGUAAGAAGUAACUGAGUAUGUUUGGUAUUAAAAAAACAACUGAUUCGUGAAAAUCAAGGGGCUUUAAUUACUGCAUCAUGGAAGCAGUGAGAGUGAAUACUUUCGCUUAAAAAGGCUGUUUACGGUGUACAAAGUUCUUCCGUUACGACAUUGUGUUAUGUAUCUACACUUUAAGGAUCUUUAAGACACACGACACAACUUAGGUACUUAGGUACAGUUAUUAAACGCUCUUGACUAAGUUCGGAUUUGUAAGAUUUUAAUAAAAUAAAACAUUAAAUCUUUGUAUCGUAGAUCGUGGCCUGGUCUUGCUUUGUAAAAACCGGAUGUUUCAAAAAACCUGCUGCUUGCUCUUAGUUUCUCGUGUUUUUUUUUAUAUUUCAACAAAGCCCGAGGCAAUGGAAACUGUUCUCGGACCAGCCAGCCUGCAGAUGUACAAGAGACCCACGGCUUUACAGGUCGAGGGGAACUUCAGAAAGACCAAAAAGUAAGCCGCAAACAAGUGUGAACUAUCGAGUUCAAAAUAGUUUCUUCAUUCUAUAAAAGAGUAUUUGAAAUGGAGUUCGCUUGUUCUUCCCACCACACCUGUUUAUCUUGCUUUGUUUCGCGGCAAAUAUCCUAACUCGUUUACCAUUGGUAGGGACGAUGACCAAUCACAGAUCAGCAAACAUUGCUGCUGUUUCAACGCCGCACAGCGAGCCUUGCAACAGAGUAGACAUUUUGUUUUGUCCUGCCAGAAUGAGGGCAGUGAAAUUAUAUCAUAAACAAAUGGAUGUGCCUUGGAAGUUAUAAGUCAUGAUAUUUCACGAUUAAGGCCUCGGAAAGCUUCACGUUUGACCAAAAGAGGGUAAGUUAACGGUGACUUCUAGAGCUCCAAAUUUAUAUACCAACUUGUUGAUAGUGCGCGCAACCGCUCUUAAGUUAUACAUUUGUCAACUAGCAAUUCUCAUUCACGAAAACAGCUACUGUAGGAUCGAGUGGCUGCACGAAGGUACGACGUAUUUCACGUGUUACGUGAUAUAUAUCCUGUUAAAUUAUCUGCGGUAUAUAUCCGGAAAUUAGGAGAGCAAGAUCGAACUGCCUGUUUGUUGCGUUACGGUUGUAUUCAAGCUAAACCUAACUAAAUUUAGCCACGAGAAUAUCCUUAGGUUAGAUGAAAGUUAGGUCAAAGGAGUGCUUAGAUGACUGGCGUGUGUUUAUCCUGGUUGAUAAUUCUUGUAUUUUUUAGAAGAUAACGUCAUCAUUGUUUGAAAACCAAGUGAAGCAAUAAAAAGUUGAUGCAGAAGUAGAGCGAUAAACGAUCAAGCGAAGUAAAGCGUACAUUUGUGCAAUUCGAUCAGGCUCAGUAACCCUUUGUUAUUGUAAUGACUCUCGCCUCUUUGUUCGAAUCUUAUUCAGCUUUUGCCAAGUCCUAUCCAACCGGCUGGACUCCAGAAAACUCAAGACAACGCGUUCGAGACUGUGAUCGAAGCUUCGUUGAGGCUUCGAACGCUUCGAAAACGGCCGAUUCUUGGAAUUGGAGGAUGCCAAGCGUUCCGCUUCCAAGCCCAAGCUAUAAUUCAACGGGGUAAUACUGUCUAAUGAACGCUUUGUAAAUUUUGUAUAUUCUGUUAUGCUAGGGUAAACCCAUUUAUAAAAAUCCACUCUUUUUAUAUGCUUCCGUUAUGUUCAACGAUGCAUGUAGGUUUCAACCAUGCAGAUUUCAGACAGAUCUCUUAAAAGGCACUCCUCGCGUGCUCAGCGCAUUUUUGUAAUAGAGUGAAACGCUCUUGCUGAAAAGUUAAUCGAUCAUUUCACGAUAUUUUCUUUUCGUUUUAGGCGUCGCACUCCGUAUUAUACACAUCCUGAUAUAAGAAUUUAUGAGUUGAACCGGCGUUUACAACAUCGCCUCGAGGUUUGUGCGGGUUUACUUUUAAUUCUUACUGUAAAAAAAAGCUAGUAAACAAAGGCAGUAACUUUGACCAUUGCGAAGCUUAUGUUAGAGUUUAUGUUAUAUUUUAUCGAACCUUGGGGUUAUGUGGAAAGAAAAGCAUCCGUCAAGUUAUGUUUUUCUUGGCAUUUAUCCCUUACGUUUAAUCUUGACAUACAAUGGAAGGGACGGAGAAUUUUUCAUUAUACUCCUUAAGAUGAUGUGUUUAUAUUUAUCGUGAAUUACUGAAAGAAAAAGUAUAAAAGAGUGUUAAGAAAUUUUAAGCUUCUGUAAUCUACCCUUCAGCUGAAGUAUUGGCUUAGUGACCUGUUCUUUUUGUUUCUGUGAAGUGCGAUUUUGUCUCAGAUUUCACACAUAUUUGCAUUUUCAAAAUAACCUCACCUGAAGUCAAGUUACAGUUAUUGAUGAACUCCUUUAACAUAAAUCUUGCCCCAGAACAUUGUCGGAUCGGUCCAUCACAUGUCAAAAUACUUGAAGUGAUAUCUGAAAAUAUAAAGAAGUUUUUCUGCUUUCAUUCUUUUCAUAUUGCCCUUUAAACUGUGUGACUUUAGUCAGUAGUGGCUGGUUCUGUUUCUCGCAAAUUUGUUGUCGUUUUAUUCUUUUAUUUGAAGCUCUAGGUAUAAAAUUAUUGGGAAAGGCUAAUAUUUUUUUAUAACAGGCACUUAUUAAGUUUGUUUUAUGCAUGCUACAUUUUCCCUUCUUGUUUAUCACCUUCCUGGAAUAUUUGAGAUGAUUAUCCGCCUUGUAUUUUAUUUACACAUAAUUCUCUGCUCUGCACAGUCAUUUGACAAAUUGAAAAGAAUAAAUCUGAAUUAAUUAUAAUUUCUUCCCUGUUAUCUGUAUUUUUGUUGUUAUUGACUUGAUUCCUUUUCACAUGAAAAUAGAAUAAUUAAGACAAGAAAUGAGUUCUUAGAGCUGAGGUACUCCAUAACACUUCUGGAAUUAGUUUACUUCUCUAGUCCCAAGAACGAUCAACAUCAGUCUUCUCCCAACAAUAUGAAUACACAAUCAAGGGAAAAAGUUAUGAGAAAUGAUAUAAUGAUCACAGAGGGGAAAUGCUUUUAUGUUUAAUCAAAUUCUCUCAACUUAUUCUUUAAGGAAUUGUAUGGAGAUCAGUCUGAAGAAAUUGCAUGUGAAUAUUGGGUCGUAAAGCGUUAAAAGUGUUUUCCGAAGUGCAUUAAUAUCCUCUACAAUGACUGUCUGCCUGCAACUGCAACAGUCACUAAAGAUCAUUCCACAUCCCAUGUGCCAAUAAUACCCACUCAGCAACAGACUUUUAAGAGAGAAUAUUGUUCAUGCUAAUGCUCUCAAUGCACCCUUUUCACUUCAUUUUGUUAACACUUUUUUGUUGUGAACAUUAACUGUUUUAUUGAUGUGGUUGAUUGUUUUACAUUUUAUGAUGCAGGAAUUAGCAUUUCUAAAUAUAAAAAAUAUUAUAGUUUUCCCCAAGCCAUUAGCAUCAUGCUAUCCCUCACCCUACCUCUGUAAUCUAUAGCUGUCAUUGAGAGGGUCAACUGUAUACUCUAGGCAUAAUUUUCCUUUAUGUCAAAUUCUAUUAUUUUGUUUUUUUAACUCAUUACAGAUGCAAUGUUUAGACUAAAUAUAGCUUGCAUUAAAUCCUGCUGCACUAAGCACUGUUUUGCGUCGGAAAAGGGUAUGAAAGAAUUAGUAGACCUGAUCCUUGGAAAAUGAUUUAGAGUUGUCAGAAAGUUUUGAAUAACACAGCUUAAUUUUGCCAUAUUUUAUUAAAGAAUCAGAUGAAUAACAAAGCAGAAUAGCCGGCCAAAAACAUAGCGUAGGAGGAGUUUUUGCCAUCUGCCUGCUAUUUUUGGCAACUGUGACAAAUGUCUCAGAUUUAAUAACAGCAAUGUUUAAGUUGUGUCUGAUUACCCGAGGUUUGUGGAUUUUACUAUCGGGCUAGUGAAUUCUGUUCUUAACUUGCCCCAUGGGCAAGUGAAGUGUUUUGGAGAAUUCAUAUUACAGAAGAAUCAAUCCUGGCUAUUAAAAAUUUAUUGGGGAGGCACCCAAAAGUACCCUCAGGAUAGUACAUGCUAGCUACAGCUAUACACCCUGGUUUUGGUACAAACCCCUUUUCUUUUCUUGUGGAAAUUUUGCUUAAAAAUACUAUUUAGCCUUAGAACAACAUGAUUUCCAUGAUAAAGCAGGAAGGGUUGUAUCAAAACAAGGUCAACUCCAGCCUUGUUUUCACCUGUAACUGUAAAAUGGGCUAUUUGUAGUAAGAUGCACUCAAAUUCUUGAUUUUUGUCUCUGACAGGAUGCAGACAAUGUAUGGUGGGAUGCAUUUGCAACAGAGUUUUUUGAUGAUGACGCUACCCUGACAUUGAGCUUUUGCUUGGAAGAUGGGCCAAAAAGAUAUUGUAUGUCUUUAAAAUCUUGUUGAAAGUGCUCUCUGCAUUAUACACAAAAUGAGCUGGGGUUUCAAUAAACACCGAUGGCUGACAAAACGUGUUGGCUACUUUGCUCAUAGAAGUUGGUUACUUUUUUUCUACAAGGAAGAAGGAACUAGUUUGAACAAUUUUGUAAACAAAAAAUAUUUCAUAAAAUCUGAAUGAAAACGUAAUUAUGAUGUGUUUUCAUAAAAGCGCCCUGGUUUUACGUUAUGCCUUAGUCAUGUAAAUGUUAUAUUUCAGUCAAUCUCACAAGUUUCUUUAUACAUGUAAGUUUACGCAGAAUUUGUUAAUGUGCAAACGUACGUAAUUUAGUUUUCAUCAUUAUUUUUUUGUUCAUUGCUUGUAGGAAUUGAUUGUGACUGAUAAAUCAAACGUUGAAUGAAAGCUACAGUUUCUUGAAUGAAAAACAUGCUCUUUUGUCCUCAGCUUAGUCCCCAGAACACUGAAAAUCACAUUAUAGGGCUAUGAAAUUUCAAAAUUUUUGUGGGGAAGCAAGUCCCCAAACACCUCCCCCCUGCAAAAGGGAAAUAACAGCCCCCUUUGAUACAGUCGGUUACUCUAUUUAAACCUGCUGGAUACUUCAAUGUUUAUUGAAACCCGUGAGUAAGUGUAAAAUAUUAUUAGGUGUAUUAUAGUUUAGUGCUUCAAAGGGUGUGGGGCGGGACUGAAUUUUUAAGGUAGUCUUUUUAUGCCAGCUGUGGGAAUGUAAUCAGCAACAAGAUUCUUGUAUCAGGUUUACUCCUCCUACUUACUACUCCUCCUAGUCUGCUACAUAGCUGUUUUUAGAGUCAUCACGCAAUGCUCUUCCCUACAAACUGCUGCUGUGAACUGAAUCACACUCUUUUCCAUUUGUGUUUGUAUUCUAACAAACUAACCAGUCAUGUAUUAGAAACAUGACAAGAUGUAAACUGCAGGGUGCUAGGAAACAAACACAGUUCUCAAUUUUCAACAAAUUAAACCAUCGUUGCUGAAUUUCGAUGGGCUUUGUCUAACAGCAGCGAAAAGGUUAAUUUCCCGAAGUGUUUGUUUUAAGCAGUUAAUAAAGUUCCUUGCAAAAAAGGUUUUAUAACCCUUCAUGACCUUUGCCAUGAUUGGUUGUUUCUUUUUAUCGGCAUAUGUGUUACGACUUUCCUGUGCCAGAUGUGCUUAUUGUGUUGCUUUACAAGUGAAUGUUAAACUCACAAGGGCAUUGAUUCAAACAAUAGCAAGAAUAUAAAUUAUAGAUGAGCGAUUUCCCGCAACUUCCCGGCAACUUUAUAGGUACAUCCUUGUUGUGCAUCACAUUUGCUUGGCUUGCUUGCCGCUGCUGUGCACUGCUUAUACUGUGACAAAACUACCUUACUCUUAGUUGUAUGAUACAGUUUUAAUAGUUUUGUCAUUCACAUGUGGGGCACCGUUGAAAGCAAAGCUGUGAUUGGAGGAGUCCCUAUACCAUAAACUUGGUGCAAAUACCUUCCAGAUGGAAGGUGAAAUCUGAUGGCUAAAAAUGGGGAAAGGAAUGUGGUUUGAUUAUCAGCAGCCGUUUACGGGGAAGGAGCAUUGCAUGACGAUGCGAAGAUUGGCUGUGUAGCAGACUAACUUCCGAAAGGAUUGAGUUUGUUUUUUUAAGAUGACAUUUGUUACCCUUGGAUUACACUUUACUGUCUGGAAAUGCCAGCAAGAUGAUAACUGUUUUGGGAACUCUGUGGUCACUGUUUUCUUUUUCUUUUAGCAAUAGGACGGAAUCUAAUUCCCAGGUACUUUCGAAGUAUAUUUGAGGGUGGAGUAAAAGAACUGUAUUACCACAUUGUGCAACCGAAGGAGUCAUACCACAACAACACAAGUACAAUAACUCUUGAUUGUGAAAAUACAACCAUGAUUACACAUCAUAAAACACCAGUCUUUACAAAGGUUUGUAUAGCUGUUUUUUUUAAGGCUAAUUAUCUAUAAGUGGCUAAUUUAACUUUGAAAUGCUUAUACUGUAUUGUAAAUCAACAAACCUGUACUAGCACUUCCAAGCCAUUCUUCUAUCACUUGUACAGAGUAUAAUAAAUAAUCAAUAAUGCAGGACAGAACAGCUCAGUAACUGUCAUGAAUGGUUAACUUAGUCAUCCACAGACUUAAGCAUUAGAGCCUCCUUGUACAGAUAAGUAAACAGCAUCAUUCAAGAACAGUUCACUAUCUUUGUUUCAAUAUUUUUAUCACAGGAUUGUCAAAAACAAGAUUUUCACAUUGUCUUGUAUUAAUGAAAAUGUCCACAGGUAUGCACAGAGGGCCGCCUUUUACUGGAAUUCACCCUGGAUGAUCUCAUGAGAAUACGAAACUGGCACUUUGCUAUUAGACAUUACACAGAGAUGAUUCCUCGCAAUGUUAUUGUUGGUGCCCAGGACCCAAACUUUCUGGAACAGUUAUCAAAAAAUAUCACCAGACAAGGAAUGACCAAUGUUACUCUUAAUUAUCUCAGGGUAAGAAAAAGAAGGAGAAAAACAGAGGCAGGUGUUGGACAUGUCACAUUUAAAGUGCUCUCCAGAGCUUCCAUUAAAUUUUGGCUUUUUUUUACUGUUCUAGAAUAUGGCAUUUAAUUUUCUUUUAUGUUCUAACCUGUAAUAAUAUGAAAAAUAAAUAUUUCAAAGCUAUACUAUGGAUCAAUCAGAUUCCCUGGUGUAAAUUACACAUCUGCCUUAUCGCCAAUCUAUAUGUGACUCUUUUGUCAGUAACUAAUACUAAAAUUAUUGAAACAAACUAGAGUGUGUGUAAAUUUGUACUGUUUUAUUAUAUAUAUUUUUUCUGUAAUAGUAUUUUUCUCUUCUCUUGUACCCGUCUUGAUUAUCUUAGCAAAGUUAUGGGCAGCAAGCAUUGUCAUAUUUAAUUGAAGGCUAAAUAAAGCUGUUCUUGUUGGUGGUGGACAAAACACUGACCCCAGUCAAAGGGCUACCCUUAUGGACUACCCUAAAAUGGAAUACACCACUGAAGUUUAGUGAUUAUGGUUAUUAAACUGAGUGAAUCAAGUUUCAGGUCAGUUUCCCAGUAUAAUGAGCCUAUAAAUGGAACCUGAUUCACUCAGUUCCCUAACCCUAAUCACUACACUUCAGUGGUGUCGCCCAUUUUAGGGUGGUCCAUGGCAGUUGUCCAUGGGCUGGCAGUCCACCACCAUUCUUGUCGUUGUUGUUAAUCAGUUUGUCUAUCUUUUAGCUCUGUGUUAUUCUGGAGCCCAUGCAGGAACUCAUGUCACGACACAAGACUUACAAUAUGAACCCCAGAGGUAAGUUGUCCUGGUCAUUGUUGAGUGUUUCUAACUGAAAUAUUUUUCAGUAGAUGUGCCUUUCCUGAGCUUAAUUUUCUUGACUUCGUAGUAACAAAUGUCUUUUAUCUUCUACAUUUUUCUAAAACAGACUGUUUAAAAUCCACACUUUUCCAGAGAUGGCAGCCAAUGUGUCCCCCACCAGGUAAGAACUCAAGCCAGUUGUCCUUUCUUGCAAACUAAAUUACCAUAUUUAUUCAAUUAAGCACCAAACCUCAAAUAAGCACCCACCUUGAAUAACCGGCUUCCCACCCAGCCUUAAAUAAGUACCCACUCUAUAGACAGGAAAAGUUAAUAAGCACCCAGCCUCAAAUAUAUAUAAGUGCCCACCCCUACCACCUUCCAACAAAUAAAAUUGUCUUUCGGCUUUCUGACAAUGAGAUUGGAAUGGACUAGUUUCUUCUGUCACAAAAAAAUAGACCAAGUUUUCUUUAGUUAGAAUUGUAAUGAAAUUUUCAAGGAGAAUUUUAAAUUCUGCCUUGGAACACCUCAUUUUGUUGCAAAAUAUGAUUACUAUUGCUGUAAAUUGUGAAAAUUUAACAAGUGCCCACCUCAAAUAAGUCCCCACUCUCAAGGUUCAAAAACUUAUUAAGCACUCGGGAUGUUGAAUCGAAUACAGUAUCUCAAUAUUAUUUUGGUGCUUUGUAUCAUUUACCUUUGAAGUCAAUGGAGACCUUUAUAAUAAUAAGUCAUCACUUUACGCAGGCCCGUGGACCAAAAUGUUUGCCAUUUAAAUGAUUUAAAUGUUCAGUCACCCAAAAAAGAACACUGCAUAAAAUUCCUGAACCAAAAAGGUUCUCAUGUAGAUUUCCUAAACAGUUGAGGUUACAGACUUGCUUCAGAGCAUGUUUGUUAUUUACCAGAUUGUUGUCUAUCUAUCUGUUAUUUACCAUAUCAGGGUGUUCAUUAGGCAUCGGAGAUCAGAGAAUUCUCUGGCUAAUGGUCAAUAGCCUAUGACUAUUUUUUACUCAGUUGUGGAGCAGCUUUAAAAAUAUACUCCCGUACAAUACACCUUUCUACAACUACUAGAAUUCUUAAUGAAAACCCUGCUACGUUGUUGUCUAUCCUUCUCCAGAUUAUCAGGGUGAGAUGAUGUGGCAACCAAAUACUCCAACCACUCCAGGUAAACUGGGACUUUUUAACAACCCAUUACUAUCUUCACACUUGUCCGCAGUGCUAAGCAGAUAGGAGAUGGGCUAUUGUAGAAACAAAUAUAGAUAAUUUACCAAAACCUCUUUGAUUAAAUUUGCAAAUGCAAAUUUGAAGGUGUUGAUUUUCACAAUUAUUUUAAAAUAAGAUGGAAACUUUUGUCAAACCCAGAGCUUCUGUUUGUUAACGGAACUUUUAUACUAACCAUUUUUGUGUUAGUUAGUCAGUUUUCAUUUUUAUAAUCCACAGUUUUGGGCAUGUAAAAGUGUCAUCAUGGGAUUGAUGAGGAAUUGUUGUGUAAGAAAGUGGAAAUAGCAUGUCUCCAAAUGAUAUUGUUAUGUUGCUGUCAGUAACUUUAAAAAAAUUUUUGAUUUCCUGUACUUCAAAUGUUUUCCCCAGAUGCACAAACUGUCACCACCCUUUGCCAAAUAGGUCAAGCUAUCAAUGCCAAAAUAAAGUCAGUUAUUGUAAGGAGCUGCAAAUAAUUAUCCAGCUUGCUUUCUCAGUAUGAAUAUGAGUGGCCCUUGCUUAAAAAGUUACCUCUGAUCAGAAAACAACACAAGAAAAAAAAGUUAUAAUACAACAUUUUUUGCUGGUAAAACUGACAGCCCUGGCUGCCAUGUUUACGUCACACAUCCUCAGUCACUGACUUAGUGAGCCUCUGAAACUGCUCUCCGCUCCUUAAACAUCUCAUGUAUACCUGUUUUCCCUAAAGGAUCCCCCUUUCCUAAACUUCUUGAGAGAACAUUGACUGGGCAGCCUGCUUCAAGGAAAGGUUAGCCUCAGUUCAGUCAGUGCGGCGGUGUUUGGACACAGGAUAUGGGCCUAAUUAUCCUGUUUUAUUUGGGAAAUAUUUCAUUGGCUUUUGCAUGCAAUUGAUUGCAUCCAUGUCUCUCUUCAGUGACCAUCUUUUUAUUCUCAUAUGAAAAGCAUCAUGCAUUAACCCUUUUACUUCAGGGCUGACACUAAAGACCAGGUGCUGGGACCUCCCCUGGCUACUGUGAGCUUGAUCCCUGGCAACUUUCGUAGGACAGAAAAAGAAAAUAGAACCAAUAGAAACUCCUAGCUUUUCAUUUCUCUAUCUACUAAAUGCAUACACCCACAACUUAAAAUCUUGGCAAUAGCCCUGCAUUGCAAAGUGAACAGUGAAGUCUCAUAAGGUAGUUCUAACAUUUAUGUCUGGAGAUAAAUCCUGUGGUGUGACCUUUUCUUUUGAUUUCAUAUUGAUCUUGUAUUAAGGAGAAAAUUGAUGUUGGUCACUCUGGGGUCUUGAAGAGUUAACCUAGUAGACCUGGUAGACUUGUGCAAUAGGACUGAAAAAUGCCCAGCAUAGAAGAACCAACAAGGUCUUCCACAUUUCCCCCCUCCCCUUGUGUAAUACUCUUCAACAACACAGCCCCACCCCCCACCUCCCCUGAUGACUUGAUAAGCCAAUAUUUCCCAAACACCACCUUUUUAUUCCCAGGGAUGGUUACACAGAAGAGAGCCAGCUUUCAUCAGCCAUUGUUUUUUCUCAACUUUUUCAGUGAAAGGUCAAAUCGUGUGGUCAAACACUGUCUAUAGCUCACUUUAACCCUUUAACCCCUAAGAUCAAAAUGCAAAUUCUCAUUUGUUAUCCCUAUACAUUUUCAAUAGAAGUAGUGGGAAGAAUUUUGAAGUAUCAAUAAGAUUCAUCUUGUGUGAUCAUGUCCAUAAUUCUCAUGAUCGCUCUGUUUAAAAAAGCAUUGAUAUUACUAGGAGAAAUUUCAUGUUGAUCUCUCCCAGGGCUUAAAGGGUUAAAUAUGGUUGUUACAGUGUUAUUCUGAAGUGUGAACAAAUUAGUGCCAUACUGCUAACCCCCUAAGAGGACCUAAAAUUGUAUUGUGGGUGUUGUUUUGCUGUAAAUCAAAUCUCUUAUAACGUUAAGUUUGAGGAUAGGGAAUAGGUUAAAAAACAGUUUUGGGUUUGGGUUUUUUUUUUUAAUUUAAGGUGAUUGGGAGGCCACAGGUUAGAAUCUGACAAAAAAUCCUUUGUAAAGAGUUGUGCCAAUGACAUCUUGGUGAAUUACAGAAAAUAAUAGGUUUAGUAAGCCAAAACAUUGCCUCUUUGAGUGCAUUUAACAUUUUGUUUGGUGCAUUUAUCUGCAAAUUUUUUGCAAAACAACAAUAGCAAAUUUAAUUUCUGUUGGGAAUUACAAUACCUCCAGCUUAUUUUUCCUUUCUGUGUGUUUCUUUUAUGUAAACUUAAUAAACUUCUUCAGCAAUCCACACAAACAAAAUUUUCAUUGUUCCUUAUCUCUGUUUCAGCAGAAACUCCGCGUCAACCAAGAACGAGGCGGAAACGUAAGUCAACAAAUGCAAAUUCAUCGGCACCCAGCAGUGGUAUGAACAGUACGUCAGGUAAAAAGAAAUCGCCCAGCACUUCGGGGUUCACACUAGCAUCUCAGGAUGUCAUGGUUGUUGGCGAGCCUUCUCUGAUGGGCGGAGAAUUUGGUGAUGAAGACGAACGGCUUAUUACUAGGUGAGUGGUUCUAGCAACUAUUUUGGUGGAGCACAAGUUAGUGUUACUUUCAACAUAGUAUACAUCUCGCCCAAGGAAUUGUGAAGUUGACAGUCAGUCCAGUGAUAUCUACCUUCUCUCCCUUUGUUAUCUUGUUUGGUGAUGUUGUUUACAGUCACUUCCCACUACCCAUGUGAGUUAAUUGCAUUUCAUACCUUGGCCUGUUCUAAGAACAUGAGCUCUGCUGCAUCCACAUUCUUUCCAUUCCUGCUAGCUUAAAUGAUGUUGACUUCAUAUUCUCCCUUUUUCCUUCUUUGCCAUGUUGUAACGUAAAUUGCCAAGACCUCUAACAGCAUUUCAAGCUGUAUCAUGGUAGAAUGGUAUCUACCAUCUUGUUUCAGUUAUUCACCCUGUUUGUCGACUGUCUGUAACAGAAAGGUGUCCAUAUUAUGGAGGUGCCCAUAUGGGAGGGUCAACACUGCAGUUAAAAAUAAAGUUGAGGCACUGGUAUAGGCUAUUGAUAAAUGAAUGCCUUAGUAUAAAAUUGCUGUAAAAGGUAAAGGAAAAAUUAAAGUACAUUAACAUCAAAUAAACACUUUUUAUCCACUAAUGUUGAAAACACAGAUUGGGUUUUGAAGAUGGUGAAAGCAGUUUUCCUGACUUUUCUUUGGUAAGUGGAAUCCUCCCUCAUACACUAAUUAACCUCUGACAAAACAGGUUUUGAUGGUUAGUCUUACCCACAGUAAUAUGUGAAUCACACAACAAUAAAGGGUCUGAGGGACAGAAUAUUAAAAGGAAGGAUGUUUGCUUCAAGGUCUUUUGGUCUGUGUUUCCUCCAGUAAAUUUUGUUCUUUUGUCAUUCUAUGGAGGCCCUUUUUACUAAGUAAAAUUAUUAUUAAAAAUUUAUUAAGUUACCAAAAUUCUGUUAGAGUAACAAGGAAAUUCAACACUUAAAGCAUGACAGCGUUUAAAUUUCAAAGACAUGUUCUGGAUACGUCAGCUUAUUAGUUAUUUUUAUUUUGUCAGAGGGAUAUAGAAGAGGGAGGAUUUACCGAAGGAAGCUCAGAACACUUGACUUAAUCCUUUCAGAUUCAAGGUCAGAAGGUUAAACAGUUCUUUAACAGUCAGUAGUUGGAAGAUGCGAUAAAACUGCCUAAUGCAGCAUACUUUAAGGGAGGAUGUCAUGCCAUUUACUAUCUUUUUAAAAAGCUAAAACAUUUCAUCGCAAUUCAACUGAAUUCCAAAUAAUGGUCCACACUACAUUUAGGGAUUGAAACUGUUUCAUGCCAUCUGUUACUAUUGAUGGCAAGGAUGGACAUGACUGAAACCUGAAAAAAAAAAAUGAGCCAACUUUUUCUAGUUUUAAUGCCAUGCCUGCAAAAAUUACCCCAAAAAAUUAUGGUUAGUGCUGAAAAAUUUGAUGACAUUUGAUAUUAUUGAAAAUGAAAUAUUAUAUUAAUGAAAUUUUUUAAUAUCUUCAUCAUAACUCCAUGGAAGCAUUCUGUGUAUAAUGACUUUACACAGAAUUAACCUAAAACAGCAAUAUCCUUGUGCUGUAGCUUCUUUAACUAUGCCUUUCCAAAGCCUUAAAUUUACCAGAGAUGCACGAGACGUUAUUUGCUAAGAUUAGCUGAAUCAAAAGAAUCCCAGUUUGAUUUUGUGGAACAAUAACACUUAAAAUGAUAAUUAUGCCAAUGAAAUAAUUUACAAAAUAAAAAUAAUUGCAUGAACAAUCAGGGCUGUCACUAAGAUUUCAAGUUGGCCGGUAUAUGCAACUAGCAGGCGGGAACCUGAACUGCUAGGAGCAGCUCUUUUGCCUGGUCUUAUUUUCCUUUGGCAUCCUGUGAAAAUAGUUGCAGACCCUGCUCUUAGUAGCCAGGGGGCCAGAAUCCGCCUAGCCUUUGCCGCUAGUGACAGUGCUGAACAAGUAAAUACAUAAAUGUGACCACCAGAAGAAAGUCUAGUUAACUGAAUUUAACCCUUUCACUGCCAAAUUUAGCCAAAAAGAAAUUUUGACAAAAUUUUCAAUUUUGAAUAGUACCAUGUGAAAGUGCAGGCAGAGAGCUUUUAUUUGAAUGGUCACAUCAUAGGAUUUCAUUCACAGACUCAAAAGUUAGAGUCACCUUACAAAACUCCAUCAAGCACUCUCGCAGUGAAAGGGGUUAAGAUGGAAACAUUUGAGGUCAGCAGUAAGAGUCUGUCGUAAUAUGUUGAUACUUAACUCUUGAAGCUUAUCCACCCCAUUGUUCCCCAUGUAUUUGCUAUGGUACUAGUGGAGAGAAUUAUUGAAAAUCAAGACAUUUUGUCUUUGUCGAUCAUUUCCAUCAUUUUCCUGAUACUGAUAAGCAGCUAUGAGAAAGACAGUGGCAUAUUGUUCUUAGCUUGUUUUCUUCUAACUUUAUAUCUAUCUGAUCUUCUGCUGAAAUUCAGCUCUAAUAAGAACUAAGGAUUUCAAGGAAUUAACGCUUUCCCCCAGCUCUUCCUCUUCUUGCUUUUCCCUCGUGACAUCAAAACAGUUACUGCUAAACAUGUCACUUUUUCACCAUUCAUGCCGACAAUCUUUCUGUUCCUCCUGUUUUCAAUUAUUCCAUCACUGAUGUAUUGUCAUUUUGGGGGAAUGCCAAUAGACCCUUAGCAGCUUCUCAUUCAAGUGGUACAAAACCGCCAUGCUAAAGAGUAAACAAAGGGCUCACAUCAUUUAAAAUGGCUAUCUCCUUCCACAGGAAUGACUACCUGUAAAGGGCUUAUGCUUUUCUGUGCACCAAUAAGAACAGAGAGUUUAAACUUCACGUAUACGGCAAACAGUAAUUACGUCAGAUUCAAGUUGAGAAUUUCUCAAAAUAGAAAAUGAGCGGAUAAAAACAGCUCAAAACAAUUCUUAUGGAUAAAAUAUGCAUGAAACUACUGAUUUAGGUGUAGAAAAAUUUACAGUAAACGACAAGUAAAGAGGAAACUUGAUCACGUGGUACAAAAUUCGCGUUUCACGUGUGACGUAAACGUGAUGCUUGACCACUCUAAUGCCACAUACCUGUAGGUGUGGAGAUAAUUGGUUUUUUGGUGAAACGACAAAUGUCUGACUAAGACCGCAUAUGACUGGACCUACAAAAGUGUGUUUGGAUAUCGUUAUGUUAAUAAUAGCUGUAAUAAUAUUUAGAAUAUAUUUCCUUGAUGCAUUUGAUUCGUAAUUGAACAAGAGGAUGUAAGGAAGUCAUGAUCUGCUAAAAAGCUCAAUGCAGAUUUAAGGAAAUUCUAUCGAUUUUAUCUUUGAUGCCGACAUUUCGAGAUGCCACCACUGGCUUCCCUGCGAAAUGACGUCUGAGGAAAAUUGCUUCUGCCAAUCAGAAGCACUGCCCAGAUCUGGGUAGUGACACGUCAUCAGUAUGGAAUUUUUGCGCUCAUUCCUCAGACAUCAUUUUGCGAGGAAACGAAUAGUGGCGUCGUGAAAUCUUGGCUGCUUUCUCGGGCUAAGCAAAAAUUAUGUGUAAAAUUCUUCGAUCGGUAAGUUUAGAAUUUGCCUCUCCUACACAAAAGGACGAUUGCUUUAAAUGACGGGAAACAAACAACAAACAAACAACGAAAAAGAGCGGGAAAAAAGGAGGAGAUGGUUUAAGUUAUGGAAAGGCAAAAGAGUGAAAAUAUAACGCAAUCGACCGGCUAGAGUUUACUGUCUUUGAUUGUUUGUCUUUAAUAGGCUGGAGAACACACAGUAUGAUGCAAGCAAUGGUGUUGGUGAUGAAGGCGACUUUGGUGGUAGCCCCAUGAGCGGAAGCCCAAGUCUUUGGAGUACAGAUCGUAAACCGAACCAAGAAGACAGUACUGGAGAAUAACAAGGUUUAUCAGAGAAAUAAUCCCAAGAUAUAUAUCCUGUCGUUGCCUGCCCUAGAAAAGCUUUGUCUGAGGACUUUUCGGGACUGGUACAUAAAGGCCACUAUGGACCACUGGCCAAAGUUUGUUAACUUUCACUCUCCGUUUGACAGAGUUUAAAUGUCAAAUUUUAUGAGCCAGGGUUUAAAGUUAUUUAUGCUGUUUCUUAUGGUAUUUUUGAACUGGCUGGCUACCUGUUAUAUUCACUUUUUAUUCAUGAAUGAUACACAACCAUAAAGUAUUUUGCAUCUUCUUUUUUUGAAAAAUAGAAAACCACGAAGUGAUUCGUUCUGAUGUGGUUAGAAACGACAGCUCAGCCAGGGCUUCACGAGAUAACUUACUAUUGUCUCUAAGAAGAGGCAAGUGUCACUUCUGAAAAUUAUACACAUACAUUUUAAAGGGAAAAGGCGUUAUCCCAGUCGCGCUUAAACAUUGCUUACUUGCUGAAUAGAGGCGCCAUUUAGGCGUUUACACUGAAGUAUGUUGUGAUCCGAACAGUGAAAUACUCCUACCAUUAAAACUCUUGAAAUAGCGUUCUUGUUUCUUGUAGAAAGGUUAAACGGUAGGGGAAACAACCGAAUGGUGGAAAGUGGAGAAAACCUUUUCCUGUUCUCACGUACUUCAGCCUCUGGAAAGGGGUCUCUGAAGGGAAAGUUCUUAGAUACGUACACUUGACUGAAUAGUAGGCAGGCAUAAUUUGCUAUAUUCCCGGAAUUCUGCUAUGCUUUAUCGUUCAUUGUUCAUGGCGAGGUUUCUCUGAGUACUGUAGGUAUGAUCAUUUCGGACCAUCUUAGUCUACGGCAAAACGGGCGACUAAAACUUGCAUUGCAGAAUUGCUGCGAAACGUUUUUAAAAAUUAUAUUAUGCGUUUUACUACACACGUUCACACCUGUCUUACAAUAAGUUAGGUUAUUGCAAGUUGCGUGAAAACUUAGUUCUGAUUGAAUAAGAUUACGCGAGAGUCACGACGGUUUUUGGUCGGUAAAACGCGCAAGGUGUACAGAUUUUUUUAGUAGAACUGCUGUCUACUACUCUCUCUGCAAUAACUUGAUUUGCAGGACAUGUUUUUUAAUUCGUGGGUGGUAAAACGCGCCAUAUCGCUAUUCAACUCGUUUUGCCGCAAUGCUGCACAACAAGUGGCACAUUUUUUUUGUCCGUUUUACCCAGCCUUGAGUGUUCUUGCUGUUUUUACAAGCUUCACAGACACAUUUAAAGGAGUAAGUAGGAUGCCUUUUGUUAGAGUCUUCCUCCUCUAGCGUUAAUUUAGUCUGUGGCCACUAAAUUGCUAGAAUUACACUCUGAAAGCGGCAAUAGCGUUAUGUGCCUUACAAAGGUCUGUUUUGUAGAGUACAACGUGCUUCGAUUUACGUAUGUAGCCCUGUUGAUGAUUGGGUGGAAACUAUUCACGUAGCAGUAGAGCUGUUGGCUAAAAGCUGGUUGGAUUUUUAAGAAGAAAAGAUACACGCCUUUAUAAAACACUUUAAAACAUAUCUUAACAAAGAAGCCGAUGUUUUUCAUUUGUAAGAUGAACACAUUAAACCAACCGCUGAUACUUUUUUACGGGCCGGUUAAUAGCAAAGCAAGGGAUUUCCUGGUCCGCCUGCGUGUGUUUUAUCCACCUUAGCCUGUUCCAGCCGUUCAUAAAAUCCCUCGUUCUUUUUUUCCUGGCCCAUUUUUCACCCACGCACUACUAUCUGAGCGCCUGUAACAGGCUAUACUCACCUGCUUCGGAGGCGGUUAAAUUUAACCCAUGGUAAGCCAAAAAUUUGAAGCAUGUAUUAUAACCUAGAAAGUAUUACUAGGCCUUAAAUUACUACAUUAAAACAUAACGCGGUCAAUAAUUUUAACCCUGGGUUAGCGUUAUCGGCUUUCAAGGCCGACAUAUUCAGUGAGAGGUUGUUUGGUUGCUCUGACUCGAGAGUUAGUUUUGUGGUGCUACGCGCCUAUCGCAUUGGAGCAAGUUUCUAUCCGUGCUGUCUAAAUUGGUAAACUUAUCUUGUACAACUCUCGGGAGACAGAGUUUUCUUCAGCAAAAGUUCAUCGGGGUAGUAGAAAUAACUGCAAAAGUUCUCCUUCAGAUUCCCUUGCUCCUGCGGUUACUUCUGUCAGCAGAGUUUCGUCCUUCUCUAAACUCAGUCCUUAAAGGGUAAAACUAAAAUAUUUCCUUUCGCGUGUACAGAGGUUAAAGUCAAACUAACAACAUCUUUUAUCUUAAAACAUUCAGUAAUAAAGGCUACAAAUACUUUCAUUC